AUUACUGUUCACCUCACAUUUUUGCUUUUCCUUUACUGUUUCUCUCUCUCUGAUUUCCUCCAUUGCAAACCAAGCUUCCUCUCCUCUCCGUCCUUUCCAGCUCGCUCAGGCCCCUUCUCUGUCUUCUCUUUCUCAUUCACACUCACAAAAAACCCACCAACCAUUUUACCCACUUUUCCUUGUUGUCUCCCAAAUCCCACUUUAUAUUUAUACAUAAUUUAAUCCCCCCAUUUCUUUCUCCUCUACAUUUUCCCUUCAAAAAGAUUAUAUUUUUGUCUGGCCUUACCUUAUUUUACCUCUUUUUUUUUAUUUUGUUUAUUAUUGUCAUUCUUUCUUUCUCUGGAAUUCGGUUUUGGCCCACUUGAGGCCACAAACCCCUACUUGUAAACUACUUCUCCUUUUGAGGCUUCUGGGUUUUUGGUCUUCUUCUUCUUCUUGUUCAGGUCUACAUUGGCCUAUCUAUGCGCAUUGGGUCUCUCUUGGUUCAGAAAGAAGCCUUUCCUCUGCUUCUCUGGCUCCUCAAGGAAGAAGAUCAAGGGGGUUAGCAAACCUUACUUAGAUCAAAGCAAUUCAAAGGUGGAGAUGUUUUGACGUCUUCGGAAUCGAUAAUUAGACCCUGGUUGAGUUUUGGUUUUUGUCUAGACAAUCAGCAAUGUCGUCCGACAGUUCUUUGAAUGCAGAAAUGUCGAAAAAGACAUCAUUCUUGGGUUUAAAAUUAUGGGUUUUGAUUGGGAUUUGUGUUGGGGCAUUUAUUGUUUUGAUCCUUUGCUUCUUGUCCAUAUGGGUCUCAUUUCGGCGAAAAUCUAGGAGAUCCUUGGACAAGUUUGCACACACCCAAAUCCCAAAUGUAUCAAAAGAUAUCAAGGUUGACAGGGUUGGGACUCAGGGUACCCAUGAUCACGCUGAGAGUUUGUUUCUGACAGUUCAUGAUAAAUCGAGCGAUAAGAAUUCAGAAAAGAUGUUAGUUCAUUUGGGUGUGAGCAAAUCAAGCGAUCCUGAUGACAUGAGUCAAUGCAGCUCAGUUUAUCAUCAUGAGAGGGCAGGUAGUUCUCAGUCAGGGGAAGAAGGAAGCUCUGGGACAGUCCGAAAGCAGCCUUCAUCCUAUGCAGGGCUUGUGACAGCUUCUCCUUUAAUUGGCUUGCCAGAAAUUUCACAUCUUGGUUGGGGCCACUGGUUUACACUUAGGGAUCUUGAGUUUGCGACUAAUCGUUUUUCUGCAGAGAAUGUGCUUGGUGAAGGUGGAUAUGGGGUUGUUUACAAGGGCAGACUGAUAAAUGGAGCUGAGGUGGCCGUGAAAAAGCUUCUUAAUAAUCUGGGACAAGCAGAGAAAGAAUUUAGAGUUGAAGUGGAAGCUAUAGGCCAUGUCCGGCAUAAGAAUCUAGUGCGGCUCCUUGGCUAUUGCAUAGAAGGAGUUCACAGGAUGCUGGUUUAUGAAUAUGUGAACAAUGGAAACCUUGAACAGUGGCUACACGGGGCCAUGCGCCAUCAUGGCACCCUGACUUGGGAGGCUCGCAUGAAAGUGAUUCUUGGUACUGCUAAGGCGCUUGCUUAUUUACAUGAAGCAAUAGAACCUAAAGUUGUUCAUAGAGACAUAAAAUCAAGCAACAUCUUGAUUGAUGAUGAGUUUAAUGCGAAGGUUUCUGAUUUUGGACUGGCCAAACUCUUGGAUUCGGGAGAGAGCCACAUCACAACUAGAGUAAUGGGGACAUUUGGUUACGUGGCACCAGAAUAUGCUAAUACUGGCCUGUUAAAUGAGAAAAGCGACAUAUACAGCUUUGGCGUCCUUCUGCUUGAAGCAGUUACUGGAAGAGAUCCCGUGGACUAUGGGCGCCCAGCUAACGAGGUUAAUCUUAUUGAGUGGUUAAAGAUGAUGGUGGGCACAAGAAGAUUUGAGGAGGUUGUGGAUCCAAACCUUGAAGUUAAACCCGCUAUGCGUGUUUUAAAACAUGCCCUUCUUGUUGCUCUUAGAUGUGUUGAUCCUGAUGCAGAAAAGAGGCCCAAAAUGAGUCAUGUUGUGCGAAUGCUUGAAACUGACGAGUACCUAUUUCGCGAGGAUCGAAGAAACAGAAAGAGCCGAACAACCAGCAUGGAAAUUGAAUCAAUGAAUGAGAUAUCUGGUUCAACUGAAAUACCAAACAAGCCAGGGGAUACAGAAAGCCAAGCCUCAGAGACGACUCAUGGAUAGGACUGACCAAACACAUCACCCCGGGCAAGAAGAUUUUCCUUCUCAUCUACCAGAGUAAAAGCUUUCAGUAACUCGUUAAUACAACAUACACCUCAAAGUUUAUUUUUAGAUAAAUUUUCUGAAUCUAAGCUAAAACUUGUAUUGGAGAUGGCCCCAUUUGGCUCAUGAGGAGUUUAGCUGUUGUUGUUUCAGUAUUGCCUUCUCAGGCAUAAGAUCAUUCAAGAAAAAAGACAAGUGUUCCCAAGUCAAGAAAAAAGACAAGUGUUCCCAAGUUCCCAAAAGUCCCAACCCCAUUAAUUGGGUUUGCUGAGAGAGAUACAGAGAUAGAUACAAGAGGCACUUGUUGUACAGACAUGUCUUCGGGACAGUGGGCUGUCUAUUUCAUACAUGAUUAUAUUUCUUGGUCUUUUUUUUUUUCUUUUUUGGUUUUCAUUUUUUUUUUUUAAAUUUUCUGAUUUGUCACUGGAUUACUAUACUUGGGAUGCUGAACAAACUAUUAAUUGAUUUCACUUUUCUCCUGUU